AUGGCAGAGGUUAUCCCGGUUAGAGUCGCCAUUCGUGUUCGACCACUUAAUAAUCGAGAAAAGGCAGAGAAUUCACAGGAAUGUGUGCAGUGCUUUGUGGAACAAAAUCAAAUAUCGGUAAAUGGUAAAAUGUUCACGUUCGAUAGCGUUUUCGAUCCUACUACAUCACAAGAAGCGAUAUAUGAUGUUAUAACUGCACGAUUCUUGCGUAUGGACAAACAGGUAGCGGGAAAACCUAUACGAUGGGGACUGAAGAAGCGGUUAACAUUUCUUGGCUUUUUUUUCUCUCGUGUUGAUAAAAUAACCGCAUCAAUAGAGGGACGGGGAAUUAUUUCGCGAUUAGUGGAUAAUAUUUUCAAACACAUUGGAGCAUCAAAUAGACAUCGAGUGACGGCGUCAAUGCUUGAGAUAUAUGAGGAGAAAGUCAUCGAUUUGCUUUGUACUGGUCGGGAAUACUUGCAAAUUCGCGAAUCGAAGGGAGUCGUUUUUGUGCAAGGAUUAUCGGUACAUUCGGUGUCCUGUCUUGAUGAUGCCUUAAAACUUCUGCAAAAAGGAUGUCAGCUUCGAAGCAGAGGGGAAACAGCAAUGAACGACAAAUCAUCACGCUCGCAUGCUAUUUUCACGUUGUGCAUAGAAGGGAAUGAAUCAGACGAAAGUACCAUGUUCAAAGCAAAACUUCACCUUGUGGAUUUGGCUGGUUCUGAACGUUUGAAGAAGACCCAAGCUGAGGGUGAAAGGAUGCGAGAGGGUAUUAAGAUCAACGAAGGUUUGCUAGCUUUGGGUAACGUAAUUGCAUCUCUAACUGAUCCAAAUGCCACCGGACGCCAUAUUCCAUAUCGUGUUACGAAAAUUACACGUCUUCUUCAAGAUUCGCUUGGAGGUAAUAGUUAUACGGUGAUGAUAGCAUGCGUUUCACCAGCUGAUACGAAUGCCGACGAAACUCUGUCAACACUACGAUAUGCAGAUCGAGCAAAACAUAUCAAGAACAAACCCACUGUGAACAUCGAUCCAAAUAUGGCCCUGAUCCAAAGUUUAAGGGAUGAAUUGGCGAACGUGAAACGUGAAUUGGCAAUGCUUCGUGCAGAAGAGAAUUUGGUAACAUUGGAUGAUAACCAGACAACCCGUUUAAGAGAAUGUAAGAAGUGUAACGAGUUAGAAAAACAAGAUCUAAAGCGGCAGGAAGAAUAUAAUCGUCGUAACGUACAAUUUGCGGAAGCACUGGCGGAAAAUGCGAAAUUAGUAGAGCAAUUGCUGGCCGCACAACAAAUUGUUGAACAAAUGAGGGAUUACAUUAAGGAAAUGAAAAAAAAAGGCAAAAAUAAGGAAUUUGAUGAAGUGAUGGAGAUCUUGGACACUGCUAUCAACUUGCGAGGUCCUAUCGACGAGGAAAAAGACAAGGAUGUGUUCGACGUUGGUGAGGAUGAUGGAGAUGACGAAACAUCCGAUCAAGCAUUUGUCCAUCGCUUUACUGAGAAGCAAAUUGCACUUAAUAAGGAUAUGCAGGAUAUUUUGGAAGAAAUCAAACAAAAAGAGCUGGCAUUUGAAACAACCGUCGCUUCUCAGACAGAUAUUAUCAAGUUGCGUGAUACAUAUGCUGCUGAAAUGGAACAGCUGCAAGCGAAAUUGGUUGUUCUGGAGAAAGAAAAACAGGAGCUGCUGAGCAAACUUAAAGGGUCUAGCAUCCAUCAUAAGUUGAGCGAAGAACGACGGAAACGACUUCAAGAACUCGAGAAAGAAUUGGCAGCGAGCAAAAGACGGAUGGGAGAAAUUCAAAAGCUGGAAAAAGAAAACAUUCGUUUGCAAGAGCAAUCCAAGAAAUUGAGUGCGGAACUUAGCGAAUUGAAGAAGUUAAGGAUUAAAAUGUCUAAGCAAAUGAAGGAAGGAGAAGUAAGAUUUCGAAAAUGGAAAAUGAUGGCUGAUCGAGAUGUGGCACAGAUGAAGAACCAGGCACGCAAACGCGAAGUGGAAAUGGCGCGAGAGCAGCAUGCGAAAAAUCUACAAUUAGUUGUGUAUCGGCGUAAAUACGAGCAAGCUAAUGCUUGCAAUCGACGUUUGCAGAUGCAACUUGCUAAAAGCACUAUUCGAACAAAAACAUGUUAUGACGGGCAAUUUAUUUCAGCUCUGAAUGAUGAACUGGCUGUAGCUUAUUCCGCAGCUGAAGCUAAAGUUUAUUGCCAAGUCUUAAUCGAACAGCGAAAAACUUUUUCUGAACAGCAACAAAAGUUGCGGGAAAGACUAGGGGAAUUGUUGAAGGAGCCACCGGUCAAGCGCCGUACUGGAUUCGACCGUAUAGGUAUCGAAGAUGAGGAUGAAAAACAGAUAAUUGAAGAGCAGCUAAAGAAUUUGGAGAAGGAAAUUCAGUUACGAGGCUGUGAACUCAAUGAUAUUCAAAAGAAGCGUACAAAAGCUUGCUUAGAUGAACAGCGUGAGCAAUUGUGGAAUGCUGUACGAAAUCUUGCAGAAGCAAGAGCAGGACUGGAUCGUUUAUUCGAUGCAGCCGUAAGCGAGAGGCGUAAUUAUUUGGAAAAAGAUUUGGCAUUCGAAGAACUGAAGCGAAGCAUGGAGGAAAUGAAAAAUUUGUAUGAAAAGAAGUUGGACGCUAUGCGAAUGGAAUUGAAAAGUGUCAGGGCUGUGGUAGGAAGUUUACGAAGAAACUUAGCAGAAACUGAGCUGUGCUACGCUAAGCAAGAACGCGAUAUGAUAAACAUCUGGAAUGAAAUGGCUGAGGGGCAUUUCAAUUUGCCCGAUAAUAUUGUCAGGAAUUUGAGCUUGGUAAGGGAAGCUGCUAACAAUUUCACCAACCUCCAACAAGCAUUCGAGAAAAAGCGAAAUGAUUUAGAGAAGUCACAUGCACGAGUCUAUCAUGGUCGAUUACGUCGCAAGACUGGACCAACAGAUGGUAUCAUGCCUAACCGUUCUCUAUCAGAGAGCAUUAUAGAACAAGAAGAAUGUGAAAAAAAUUUAUUUAAAAAUUAUCAAAUAAGAGAAAAUCGGAAACCAGUAGAACGUCUUGGAGCUGUUAUGGAUCUGGAUUCAGUUUUUUCGGAUGAAAAAGAAGAGAAUACAUCCACUGCAGACAGUGAUUUUUCUUAUCAUCCCACUCCCCAGAGAGUAACCCGUAAACGUCAAUCCAGUAUAACUAAACGCCGUGACACUUUCGUUUUGAAUGAAGCUCCACUGAAACAGAGUGAUAUGAAGGAGGAACCGAAGGAUGAGCCUGUUGCAGGCUGCAGCAAGGAAUCUGAUUUCAAUCCAAACACAACGUAUACUGUUGGACAAUGUUCAGAAUUGGAUCACCGAUCAAUUAUAACUCGUGAUCUUUUUAAGAAACUUUAG